UUUUGACAGGAGAUGUAGAAGUUUCCUAGCCUGACAUCGCCAGGCAGCUGGUGCCCAGGCUAGAAGUGUGCUGGUUAAAUCUUCCUUGAUAUGGUGUUUUGAACAAGUUAUUCAUAAAGCGACACGACAUUUGUUGUUAUAAAAAUGGAAGGGCUGGAGAUGUCUGCGAUGAUACCGGCUCUUCAGGAGCUAGCAAGUGCCAGUGCAGGUGAAUACAACCAGGCGGUGCAGAAACCUCGACAGAUCCUCUGUCAGUUCAUUGACAGGAUACUGACUGAUGUGGAUGUCGUUGCUCUGGGCCUGAAUAAGAAGUCCAGUUCAGAGCCAGCCUGUGUGAUGCUGCUGGACUUUGUGCAGCAUAUAAUCAAAUCAUCGUCUCUUAUGUUCGCCAACCCUGCCUGCCAGCCUGCUGAGUAUCCAGACGCCACACAGAGCUGUACUGACUUCAGUAAGUGGGUGGCAGUGCGUUUGCUGCGUGUGGCGGCAGCUCCAGACUGUGACGUCAUCCACAAGCGGGUUUCUGCUGUGCUGUGCACUUUACUGCACACUCUGAGGGUCAGGGCGCCAUUCAUCUUCAGCUGCCUCACACAGGAGCUUAUUCUUUUGGCCCAGGACCUGAGCAACAUCCUGUACAAUCAUAUUUCCACACUGGCAGGACAGGGACACCACAGGCAGAGCCGAUGGCCUGUAACACUCGAGCGCUUCGGUAUCUCCCCCGCGUGUGCCUCCUCUUACCUCACCCCGUCUCCUCUCGUACUCUCCUCACCGGCUGCCUUGGAGUCGCUGAGCGCCGUGACGAUUGGUGUCAUUACCGAUGCCCUGAGGGGAGUUGUCUCCCGUCGUGACCUGAGUGUGGCCUGGGAGACAGCUUGCUCCAUCCUGGCCAAUGGCAACGUCAGGCUGAGGAAGAUCUCCUUGGUGAUGUUGAGGGAACUGGUGGAGCUGGGAGGGUUUCCCGAGAGUCAGGGCCACGUGUUCUUCACGGCCUACUUUCACUUGCUAGAAACACACUCUUACACAUGCACAUCAAACUCAAACUUGGAUAAGCAACAGCCCUAUGAAGGAGAGCUGCUAAACUUGACUCACUGUGUGUUUCACUCAUCCGGUGUCUCUCACACACACUUCGAGCCCAUCUGUCUCUCGCAGUUGUUCGAGUGUGUUUGUUCUCUCGGAGGGGCGGGUGUCAAGUUGGGGGCAGAAGUUACUGAAUCACUGUGUCUGCUGUUCAACUUCCUGCUGUCCGUUGCCCCGGGUUACGAGAGUGCCGCGUUGUUAAGGAGGCAGCGAGUUACAGAAGUCUGCCGGAUGCUGGCAUGCACCGUUGGAACAGAAAAUCAAGCUGAAUGCGCGGAGGGGUUUCUCCAAGCCGCUCUUAAGGCUGAAACUGCUAUUGUGAUGCAGGAGUUAGGAGACGGAGAGACGGUUGCCAAGAAAUCCCGCAAAUCCGCCACCAAUUCAGUCAGCAAGAUGACAAAAACAUCGUCAGCUGAGGUGGACAUGCGUGUUCGCAGUGAGGUUUGGGCUGUGGUGAACAGUCGACUAGAGGAGCUGCUCACCUUUUUGAACUCUGACGCUGAUGAACCUGAGAUCACACAGACUCUCUCUGCUCUGGAGGGUCUGGCACUCAUCCUCCAUCUGGCAGCCCUCUGCUCUUCUCCCACCAGUCUGUCUCCUCUCCUCUGGGUGUCGACUGAGACUCUGGGCAGGGCCUUGAAGAGCUGUCAGUCAGUAUUAGAAGGAGGUGCUGAUCCAGUCUCAAACCAGAGCUACUAUCAGUCUGCUGUCCAGACCGCCGUCAGGGUCCUUGACUCCAUCCUCUACCUGUCAAUGAGCAGUCAGAGCGAGGACGGGCUCCAGCGGCGUGUGUGUGCUCUGUUAUCUCUUCCCUGGGUGUGUGAGAAGUCUGCCUCAGCCUAUAAGGGUUCAGGAAUCCCCUCAUGGGUGCCUGCCUUGGCUCAGAGAGUCAGCUUCUGUUUCUCACCUGAUGUCCAGGCGGACUGUGUGUGGCUGCUGGCCCUCCUUCGUCGUGGUGUGUGUGAGACGUGGCGUGUGUGUUUGUUUUCCAAGGCGCUGAAGAGUGAAGAUGAGAUUGUGAGAGCGGCGGCAGUCAGGGCCUUCCCUCUUCUUCUUCACCACCUGGGAAAUACACACCAUAACCUCAUCAGCACUACUCUGCUUCCCACGCUGGAGGACAGUUCGGAGCAGGUGAAGAAGGAGCUCGCCAGGAUCGUUGGUCAGCUGAGCUGUAUCCAAUCAGAGCUCUCCAAGCUCAGUGACACCCACAUAGAGGCUACUCAUCCACCUGAGAUCCUCUGCCGCCGCGUCAGCCUUGCAACAGAACAUACUGGGAACGCAGUGCCGUCCCUCAGGGCGUCUGUUGUCAAACCCUUCCUUCCUCUGCUCACACAACAAGCUCCAAGUACUGUUAAACAAGCUUUCCUAGAAGCCCUCCCUCACCUCUGCCAACAUGUGAAUCUGUUUGGUGGAGACAGCGACUCCCGGGCUGUUCUCUGUGCUCUGAUUGAUCUGAUGGAGGACUCAGAUCCAGCGGUUAGAACGUGCUUCAGCCGAUCAGUGCGUUUUCUGCUAACAGAUCCCUCCCCAAACUCCGAGCAGGGCUCUCUGAGUGAGCUCCUGGUUUCACGUCUUAAAGAGGCAUUCAACAACGCUAAACACAACAGAGAUGAUAACCUGCGUAACACUCUCAUCCUCACCACUGGAGAGAUCGGCAGAGCCUCCCAGGGUAGUUUGGUGUCAUUCUCCCUGCUGCGGCUGCUCCACUGUCUGCUGUCCAAGUCAUCCCCAGUGUCUGUCGCUGCUUACACUCAGAUCAGAGCCUUGGCCAAAGCCAAAGGCCUUAAACUGCAAACCCUCUUCAGUCAGUACAAGAACCCUAUUUGCCAGUUCCUGGUGGAGUCGCUGCACUCGCGUCAUGCAUCGGCCCUGCGGAGCACACCAGAUCAAGGAAGCGAAUCAGCCAAUCAGAGAGAGCUGGCCCUGGACAUCCUGGCUCAGAUCGCACACGCUUUUGACUUUCCAGACCUUCACCGCUUCCUCACUCGGACCCUCCAGGUGCUCCUGCCCUACCUGGCAGCCAAGGCUAGCUCUACAGGCUCCGCCCUCAUCCGUACCCUGGCCAAUGAGCUGAAGGCAAACAGGCGAGAGAUCCUGAUCAACAACUUCAAGUACAUCUUCAGCCAUCUGGUCUGUUCCUGCACCAAGGAGGAGCUGGAGAAGGCCUUCCACUACCUACAGAGCGAGACAGAGAUUGAACUGGGCUCUCUGCUACGAUUAGACUUCCAGGGUCUUCACAACGAGCUGCUGCUGCGCCUGGGAGAGCACUACCAACAGGUAUUCAAUGGCCUUGCAAUCCUGGCCUCCUUUGCGUCCAGUGAUGACCCUUACCAGGGUCCAAGAGACAUCACCACCCCAGACCACAUGGCGGACUACCUGCAGCCAAAGCUUCUGGGGAUUCUUGCCUUCUUCAACAUGCAGCUGCUCAGCUCCAGCGCAGGAGAGAAAGACCGCAAGAAGUUGGCUUUGACCAGUGUGAUGGCUCUAAUGAAACUGAUGGGCUCCAAACACAUCAGCUCUGUCAGGGUGAAGAUGAUGACAACACUCCGCACUAGCCUCCGAUACCGAGAGGACUUCCCUCUGCUCUGCUGCCAGACAUGGGAUUGUUUUGUGAGGAGCGUGGAGCCUGCACACCUGGGCCCUCUACUGAGUCAUGUGAUUGUUGCACUCCUCCCGCUGAUCCCCCUGCAGCCCAAAGAAACUGCUGCUAUUAUUCGCUUCCUGAUACUCGACAACAGGGAAGAAGUCAACGACUACCUCCAUGAGAUUUACUUCCUGCCAGAUCACCCUGAGCUGAAAGACAUCCACACUGUUCUGCAGAACUACAAGAAGCUGACAGCCAGCAGCAGUGACCGGGCCGCAGCACUGCAGCUCUCUAUGAGGGCCGUUCAACAUGAGAAUGUUGACGUCAGGAUUCAUGCACUGACCAGCCUCAGGGACAUGAUGCACAGUAAACAGGAGUGGCUGCUGCGGCAGGUUUGCGCAAGUGAGGCAGUGGAGCCGGUCAUCUCCAACUUAGUGUCGGUGCUGCUGAAGGGCUGCCAGGACUCGUCCCCAGAGGCCAGGCUCCUGUGUGGGGAGUGUCUGGGGGAGCUGGGGGCCGUGGAUCCUGGACGUCUGGACCUGUCGCACACACACACCCAUGGCGACCGCAACACUUUUGUGAGUGGGGUCGAUGACCCUAACUUCGCCUAUGACCUGCUGAUUGAACUGACCAGAACAUUUCUGGCUUACGCUGAUGAUGUGAGAGCACAGGACUCAGCUGCUUACGCAAUUCAGGAGCUGCUCUCCAUUCUCGAGUGUCGUGAGGGUCGAACCGACUCAUCAGGUCGCCGUCUGUGGAGGAGACUCCCAGAGCAGAUACAAGAAAUACUGGAACCUCACCUCAACAGCAGGUAUAAAAGCAGUCAGAAGGAGGUGAACUGGUCUAAACUGAAGAAGCCGGUGUACCUAAGCAACAGAGGCAGCAAGUUCUCUGAUUGGUCAGCCACAUGGGCCGGAUACCUCAUAAGCAAGGUGAGACAUGAGCUGGCCAGCAAGGUGUUCACCUGCUGUAGUUUCAUCAUCAAACACGACUACAAGGUGACAAUCUACCUGCUGCCUCAUAUUCUGCUCUACAUGCUGCUGGGCUGCACACCUGCAGAGCAACAGGAGGUAACAGAGGAGAUACUGGCUGUGCUGACGGAGCGUGAUGGACGAGGAGCAGGGCGAGUCCAGGAGGCGGCCUCCAGUCUGUCACAGCUCAGCACUCAGACUGUGUUCAGCAUGUUGUCUCACCUCACACAGUGGAGCCGACACAUCCUGUACUCCAAACCCAAAAACAACGAGAGUGGGGAGUAUCAGCGUGUGGUGGCCUUCCUGAAGGGUAUUCCACAGGACGUUCUGGCCAAGGCAUCUCUGCGCUCCAAAGCGUAUACUCGUGCCCUCAUGCACUUUGAAGCAUACAUCUUAGAAAACAAAGAAGACAUCCAGGACCACCUCACCUUGCUGCAGACGCUGUACGCUGCGAUGCAUGAGCCUGAUGGUGUGAGGGGGGUCAAUGCCCUGAGGAGGGAGGAGCCGUCGCUACGGGAACAGAUUUUAGAGCACGAGAGCAUCGGCCUGCUCAGAGACGCAACCGCCUGCUACGACCGGGCCAUACAGCUGGAGUCAGACCAGAUCGGUCACUAUCAUGGAGUGAUGACUUCUAUGCUCGGCCUUGGACAGCUGUCCACGGUCAUCACUCAAGUUAAUGGAGUACUGGCCAACAAGCACCAGUGGAAGUCGGAGCUGAACACCUACAGAGUGGAGGCAGCCUGGAAGCUCGGCAAAUGGGACCUGCUGGAGGAUUACUUGAGUUCAGACCAUCAGUCCAGUACCUGGGGUGUGCGGCUAGGCCAGUUGCUGCUGGCAGCUAAUAAGCAGGACGGUGAGACGUUCUAUGAGAAGCUGAAGCUGGUUAGGAAGGAACAGGUUGUCCCUCUGUCUGCUGCCAGCUACGAGUGUGGAACCUACCAGAGAGGAUACGAGUACAUUGUCAGGCUCCACAUGCUCAGCGAGUUGGAGCAUACUUUUACUGAGCUGCAGAAAUGGAGGAAAGGCCCUACAACCAGCCUCAAUCAGCUGCCUCCUCACUGGUCGGAUCGACUGGAGAUGACCCAGAAUUCCUUUAGGGCCAAGGAGCCGGUCCUGGCCCUCCGUCGUGCCCUGCUCAGCUUGGGAUCCAAGCCUAUGAGCAAGGAGCUGGUAGGAGAGUGCUGGCUGCAGAGUGCUCGCGUGGCCAGAAAGGCAGGACACCACCAGACAGCAUUCAACGCACUUCUUAACGCAGAGAACACACACCUGGCAGAGCUGGUCACUGAGAAGGCCAAGUGGCUUUGGUCCAAGGGCGAUGUACACCAGGCUCUGAUCGUCCUGCAGAAGGGAGUGGCCCAGUGCUUCCCCGAUGAUCAGCCCCUGAUGGACCCUCGCAGUCUGCAGACCAAAGGCAAGGCCAUGCUGCUGGUAGGACGCUUCAUGGAGGAGACGGCCAACUUUGAGUCCAACGCCAUCAUGAAGGCGUACAAGGAUGUGACCAACCUUCUGCCUGAGUGGGAGGACGGAAACUUCUACCUAGCCAAGUACUACGACAAAGUGAUGCCUAUGGUGACUGAUAACAAGCUGGAGAAACAGGGGAACCUCAUCCGAUACAUCGUCACGUUCUUUGGAAAAGCCUUGCAGUUUGGAAACCAGUACAUCUACCAGGCUAUGCCUCGCAUGCUGUCUCUCUGGCUAGAUUUUGGAGCUAAAGUGUGUGAGUGUGAGAAAGCUGGGCGAACAGACAGACAGAUGCGACAGGAGUUGGGUAAAAUCAACACGGCAGUGAGUGAGCACUGUGCCAACUUGGCGCCAUACCAGUUCCUGACCGCCUUCUCACAGCUCAUCUCCAGAGUGUGUCACUCCAGCGACGAGGUUUUCACCGUCCUCAUGACCAUCGUGGCCAAAGUCUUCCUGGCGUACCCCCAACAGGCCAUGUGGCUAAUGACUGCUGUAUCAAAGUCAUCCUACCCUAUGCGUAUGAACCGCUGUAAUCAGAUCCUUAAGAAAGCCAUCAGCCUCAAACAGUCUCUGGAGAAAUUCAUCGGAGAUGCAAACAAGCUGACUGACAAGCUGCUGGAGCUCUGCAACAAGCCGGUGGAUGGUAACAGCACCACCCUCAGUAUGAGCGUUCACUUCAAGCAACUAAAACGUAUGGUGGAGGAGCCAACCUUCAGCCAGAUCCUGAUCCCCCUUCAGUCGGUCCUCAUUCCUACGCUGCCCUCUACUGGCGGGGCAAACACAGAGCAUGAUGCUUUUCCCGGACACUGGGCCUACCUGGAUGGCUUUGAAGAUAUUGUGGAGAUCUUGGCCUCCUUACAGAAGCCUAAGAAGAUAAGUCUGAAGGGGUCAGAUGGGCGGAGUUACACUAUGAUGUGUAAACCUAAAGAUGACCUGAGGAAAGACUGCAGACUCAUGGAGUUCAACUGCCUCAUUAACAAGUGCCUACGCAAAGACGCUGAGUCAAGACGGAGGGAGCUACACAUCCGUACCUACGCUGUGAUCCCCCUCAAUGAGGAGUGCGGCAUCAUCGAAUGGGUCAACAACACCACCGGACUACGGCACAUUCUCACCAAGCUCUAUAAGGAGAGAGGUAUCUACCUAUCUGGUAAAGAGCUGAGGAAGCUUAUUCUUCCUAAGACAGCUCCUUUUGAGGAGAAACUACGAAACCACGAGAUGCUGUGUGCUCGACACCCCCCUGUCUUCUACGAGUGGUUCCUCCGGACCUUCGCUGACCCCACGUCAUGGUACAGUAGUCGCUCUGCAUACUGUCGGUCCACUGCUGUGAUGUCCAUGGUGGGCUACAUCCUGGGGCUGGGCGAUCGCCACGGAGAAAAUAUCCUCUUUGACUCCUUCACGGGGGAAUGUGUUCACGUUGACUUCAACUGCCUCUUCAACAAGGGGGAGACGUUUGAUGUGCCUGAGGUGGUUCCUUUCCGUUUGACCCAAAACAUGGUCCAUGCCAUGGGACCUAUGGGCACCGAGGGCCUCUUUAGGCAGGCCUGUGAGGUCACACUGAGACUGAUGAGGGACCAGAGAGAGCCACUGAUGAGUGUUUUGAAGACCUUCCUUCAUGACCCGCUGGUGGAGUGGAGUAAACAAGCUAAAGGACUUUCCAAAGCUCAGGCCAAUGAGACAGGAGAGAUAGUUAAUGAAAAGGCCAAAACCCAUGUGUGUGACAUCGAGCAGCGUCUGCAGGGAGUGAUAAAGAGCAGGAAUAAAGUGCUGGGUCUGCCUUUGUCUAUAGAGGGACACGUCCAUUAUCUCAUACAGGAAGCAACAGAUGACAAAAUGCUCUGUCAGAUGUAUCUGGGCUGGGGGCCCUACCUGUAAAACAUACCUCAGUUUACACAGUGAAAGGAAAGGAAAGGCAAGCAUUUAGAAGUCAGAAAUAUUUGCACUUACAAUUUGUAAAAACACAAAAACAUUCCCUACACCUAUGAGUUUGUUGAAAAGCUCCUUGUUUAAGCUCUUUAAAAGCUCUUCUGCCAUUUGCAUCACUGUUUAAAGUUUCCUGUUUUCUGGAAACAUGAUAUUUUUGUUGUUGCUGUUCAUUCUCUUGUAAUAAAGGGUGUGUUUUGCAAAUUU